CGUUCGCAGGGGCAACAACCACAAAAGUCGUCUCUACAUUCUAUAUACUCUAUACACUCUCUAUACUCUACAACUAACUGUUUAACAAUGGCAUUGGGCAGCCACAAGCAACACUAUCAGCAUCAGCUGGCGCCAUACACCAAGCCAAGCUAUCAUCAUCAACAUCAUCAUCAGCAGCAGCAGCAAUCACAUCAGCAACCACAACAGCAACAACAUUUCGAACUUUCCGAUGAUUCGCUGGAUGGCAGCGAGCAGCCAUCGAUGCUGGUUGGUGGCGCCUCCGUUGUGCGUCGCAAUGCACGCGAACGCAACCGCGUCAAGCAGGUGAACAACGGCUUCAGCCAACUGCGCCAACACAUUCCCGUUGCCAUCAUCGCUGAUCUGAGCAACGGGCGACGAGGCAUCGGACCCGGUGCCAACAAGAAGCUGAGCAAGGUGAGCACACUGAAGAUGGCCGUGGAGUACAUUCGACGUCUGCAGCGACUCAUCGAUGACAACGAUCAGCAGCAGCAGCAGCAACAACAGCAGCAGCAGCAACAGCAGCAGCAACACUUGAGCUACCAGCAACAGUUGCAGCAACAGCAACAUUUCUAUGCGCUGCAACAGCAACUGCAACUGAUUUCGCCCAGCGGCAGCUGCAGCUCCUCCACCUCUACCUCCACCUCCACCUCCACUUCAUCCUCCGCCAGCAACUAUUAUGCCACGCCAGCAGCAACACAACUGAAGCAGGAGACAACAGCCAACAGCAGCUACGAAGAUUAUCGCAACAAUUCGUGCAGCUCGGGCGCCGAGGAUGAUGACAUCCUUGACUACAUCUCACUCUGGCAGGACGAUCUCUAGAUCGUUGAAAUAGCAGCCAACUUUCUGCUACAACUAGUCACACUGCCACGCCCACCAUCGAUAGCAACAACAACAACAACCACUGACGAAGUAUUACCUCAGCAACCACAAAGUAUUUUAUUUAUUUGCAUUUUUUUUUUCAAUGACUUUUGUACAAAUUAUUUAUAAGUGAGAGAGAGAGAGAGAGAGAGCGCUGUUUUGUGCCUGUGUUUAUAUUUUUAUAUAGUUUAUAAGACUUAGUUUAAUAUGGAAGACAAUUUAGCAUUUAAGCUCUUUUUUUUUCAAACAAACAUGGAGGACAUUAAACUGAUAGCGAUAG